AUGGAGUUUAUUUUUCUUGGUGCAGAGUCGAGUGUGUCUACUGAUGGAAAAGUAGUUUUAAAGGAAAGGAUGAAGAAAGAAUACCGAAUCGAAGAGUUGGAUAGAAAGAUAAUACGCAGCAGAACCAAAAGAGAAGCAAAUAUCAUGAAAAAACUGAACAAACUUGGAAUUGCAUGCCCAAAACUGAUCAAGGUUAGUGAGAAUACGAUUGUGAUGCAAAAAGUAAUGGGAAAGACAAUGAAAGAGUAUUUGAGUGAUGUAAUCGAUCAUAUGCACCUGUUCUAUGAAGUAGGUGUUCUGGUGGGUAAACUUCACUCUGAAAACAUAGUACAUGGAGAUCUAACGACGUCCAACUUCAUUUUUGGAGACCAGGUUUAUGUGAUAGACUUUGGAUUGUCGAGUGUUUCACCAAAAGAUGAGGACAAGGCUGUUGACUUGUAUGUGUUUGAAAAGGCGGUUGGAUGUGUGCACAACAUUGAGGAUCUACAAGGUUUCUACCAAGGAUAUCUAGUUCAUGGCAAUCCAGAUGUUUUGAAAAAACUCGAGGUUGUGCGCAUGAGAGGUAGGAAAAGAGACGAAAACUCGUUUGGAUAA